AUGGUGUGCGGGGAGGCGGGGGGGCACAGCUACCUGGUGGCCUGCUGGCAGCCGAUCCUGGUCCUGAUGCUGGGCACCGUGCUGUCGGGCUCCACCACCGGCUGCCCGUCCCGCUGCGACUGCAACGCGCAGGAACGAUCGGUGGUUUGCCACCGCCGGAGACUUUCCGCGCUCCCCGAGGGAAUCCCCACCGAGACCAAGCUCCUGGACCUCAGCAAGAACCGUCUGAAAACCCUGGGCCCCGAGGAGUUCGUCAACUACCCCCAACUGGAGGAGCUGCAGCUCAACGAAAACACGAUUUCGUCAAUCGAACCGGGGGCUUUUAGCAACCUGGCGAAUCUACGAAUUUUAGGUCUGCGCACCAAUCAGUUGAAGCUGAUCCAGUUGGGCGUGUUCACGGGCCUCACCAACCUCACGCAGCUGGAUAUAAGCGAGAACAAGAUCGUGAUUCUGCUCGACUACAUGUUCCAGGAGCUGUACAACCUAAGGGGGUUGGAAGUUGGGGAUAACGACCUGGUUUUCAUCUCGCCGCGGUCGUUUCACGGCCUCAGCAACCUGGAAAGCCUCAACAUCGAGGGGUACAAACUCGCCUCGGUUCCCACGGAUGCUCUUAGCCAUUUGCACAAUCUACUGUCUCUGCGAUUGCGAUAUUUGAACGUCACCGUAAUAAAGGAUUACUCGUUCAAGAGGCUGUACCGGCUCAGAUCGCUGGAGGUCUCUCACAUGCCCGCCCUGGAUACCAUGACCCCGAAAUGCUUGUUCGGACUCAACCUCACGUCUUUGUCGAUCACAAACUGUAAUCUCACGGUUAUCCCCUACCAGGCCAUCGGCCACCUCAGAUAUCUCCGGUUGCUGAAUCUAUCUUUCAACCCCAUUCGAUCCGUAGAAGGAAACCAGCUCUAUAAUCUCCAGAAGCUCCAGGCUUUCCAUUUGGCGGGUGGGAGAUUGUUGGCGAUUGAACCCUACUCUUUCCGAGGACUAAACCACCUCCGGGUUUUCAACGUGUCGAGCAACAACUUGAGCACCCUGGAGGAGUCCGUCUUCCACUCGGUGGGGAACCUGGAGACCUUGGCUUUGUACGAAAACCCUUUGGCCUGUGAUUGCCGCCUGCUUUGGGUUUUCCGCCGGAGGUGGAGGCUCAAUUUCAACAAGCAGCAGCCGGUGUGCGCUUCUCCCGAAGUCGUGCGGGGAAAAGAGUUCAAAGACUUCCAGGACGUACUCCCCCCCGACUAUUUCAUCUGCCACAAAUCGAGAAUCGUGGAUUACGGCGUUCAGGAAAGCCACGUGGACGAAGGAACCACGGUCCGUUUUACUUGCCAGGCCGAGGGAGAUCCGGUUCCCGUGAUCAUGUGGCUGUCCCCUAAAAAGGAAUAUAUCACCACCAAAACUAUCCGGUCCAGACUUUCCGUUUCCGGUGAGGGAACCCUGGAGGUGCGAUACGCUCAGAUCCAGGAUAACGGAACUUACUUAUGUAUCGCGAGUAACGCGGCGGGUAACGAGACCAAAGCCGCCCACCUUUUCGUGCACAGCUACUCUCCUAAUUGGCCUCACCAACCCAACAAAACAUUCGCUUUCAUUUCCAACCAGCCAACCGACGAAGGCGCUAACGUGACUAGGGCCUCCGUCCCUUUUCCGUUUGAUGUAAAGACUCUGAUAAUCGCCACCACCAUGGGAUUUAUAUCGUUCCUCGGAGUGGUCCUCUUCUGUCUUGUGAUUUUAUUCCUUUGGAGUCGAGGGAAAGACAACAACAAGUCGACCAUCGAGGUCGAAUACGUGCCGCGAAAAGAGGAAACGGAGGAAGCAAGUCCAACUGAAGCCGCUGUACAGUUUAACAUGAAAAUCAUGUGA